GAGGCCCAUUAUCCAAGCUCAGAGACUUACGUACAGUGGUAGUGGUAGUGGAAGUGGAAGUGGCGGGAACAAAUAAUAUCUCAUUUCUUGAGACUUGAGAGCUUCGAGGUCGCAUGUAGUUUCACCAUGGACACUAUGCUCUCUGUUCUCAAGCAAUAUUUUGGGUUUUCAGAUUUUCGGCCUUAUCAGAAAGAUGCCAUUCAGAAAAUUAUUGAGAAAAGGGACUGCUUGGUAGUCAUGGCUACUGGUAGUGGGAAAUCCUUGUGUUACCAGGUACCACCCUUGGUUGUUAGAAAGACUGGGAUAGUUGUUAGCCCUCUAAUAUCAUUGAUGCAAGACCAGGUAAUGGCUUUAAAACAGCGGGGCAUCAAGGCUGAAUAUCUUGGAAGUGCUCAGAAGGAUUCCACUGUUCAGAGAAAAGCCGAGCAGGGUCAAUUUGACAUUUUGUUCAUGACUCCGGAAAAGGCUUGCACAGUUCCUACCAGUUUCUGGUCUAACUUGCUGAAGGAAGGAAUUAGCCUUUUUGCUGUUGAUGAAGCUCAUUGUAUAUCAGAAUGGGGGCAUGAUUUUAGGGUGGAAUACAAGAACUUACACAAUUUACGUAGUGUUCUGCUAGAUGUUCCUUUUGUUGGCUUAACUGCAACUGCUACUGAAAAGGUUCGAUUUGACAUUAUCAACUCCCUGAAGUUGAAGAAUCCAUAUGUUUUGGUUGGUUCAUUUGAUCGCUCCAAUCUUUUCUAUGGGGUCAAGCCAUUUAGCCGUGGACAAUCUUUUGUUGAUGAACUUGUACAAGAAAUUUCAAAAGUUGUUAGUAGUGGUUCAACUAUAAUUUACUGCACAACAAUAAAGGACGUAGAGCAGAUAUCCAAGUCACUUGCGGAAGCAGGAAUUGAGGCUGGAAUGUACCAUGGCCAAAUGGAUAAAAAAUCUCGUGAAGAGUCUCAUAGGUUAUUUGUCAGGGAUGAACUGCAAAUCAUGGUGGCUACUAUUGCUUUUGGCAUGGGCAUAGAUAAGCCUAACAUAAGACAAGUGAUUCAUUAUGGUUGCCCUAAGAGUCUUGAGUGCUACUACCAGGAAAGUGGGCGCUGUGGUAGAGAUGGUAUAGCUUCUGUUUGUUGGCUUUACUACACAAGAAGUGACUUUGCAAAGGGUGACUUUUAUUGCGGAGACCUAAAAACAGAAACCCAAAAAAGAGCUGUUAUGGAGUCAUUGCUCGCUGCUGAACGUUAUUGUGUGCUUGCAACUUGCAGGAGAAAGUUCUUGCUUGAACACUUUGGGGAACAAUAUCCAGCUGAUAGAUGUGGAAACUGUGAUAACUGCACAGUCUCAAAGAAGGAGCGCGACAUGUCUAGAGAAGCAUUUCUUCUAAUGGCUUGCAUUCAUUCAUGCAAGGGAAAAUGGGGUCUUAAUAUGCCCGUUGAUAUCUUGCGUGGGUCUCGAGCGAAAAAGAUUCUCGAUGCCCAGUUUGAUAAGCUUCCCCUUCAUGGACUUGGAAAAACUUAUGCACCAAACUGGUGGAAAGCACUCGGGCAUCAGUUGAUCGCUCAUGGUUAUUUGAAGGAAACUGUCAGUGAUGUGUACAGAACUAUAAGUGUCAGUUUAAAAGGAGAACAAUUUUUGGCCUCUUCUACACCUGAUUAUCAACCUUCCUUAGUUUUGUCACUGACUGCUGAGUUGCUCGGAGAAGAGGAAAAUAUGAGCACACAAGAAGAAUCAAAAACUCUGGCCACUUCAGAUUUAGACGGGUUUUCAGAGGUUGAGCGACAGCUCUACCAGAUGCUUUUAGAAGAAAGAUUAAAGCUUGCAAGAAGUGUUGGAACUGCUCCAUAUGCCAUAUGUGGCGAUCAAACAAUUAAGAAAAUUACUCUUGUAAGACCAUCUACAAAAGCAAGGCUAGCAAACAUUGACGGUGUGAAUCAGCACCUAGUAACAAAAUAUGGAGAUCAUUUUCUUAGAGUUAUCCAGCAACUGUCACAAGGAUUAAACUUAUCAUUGGACGGGGAAGCUAAUUUACUAAAUAACGAAGUAAGGAAAUUAUCUACAGUGUCAGUAAAAAACAGUUCAAAGAAGUUGACACCAGCAAAGUUUGAAGCAUGGAAAAUGUGGCAUGAAGAUGGUCUUUCUAUUCAGAUGAUUGCUAACUUUCCAGGUAGAUCAGCUCCUAUAAAAGAGCAAACUGUUGCUGAAUAUCUGUUGGAAGCUGCACAAGAAGGAUUACCUUUUGAUUGGAGUAGAUUCUGUGAGGUGAUAGGACUGACGCAAGAGAUCGAAUCUGAAAUUCAGGGUGCUAUUUUAAAGGUUGGAUCUAAAGAUAAGCUGAAGCCUAUAAAAGAUGAAUUGCCAGAAAAUGUCACUUAUCAGCACAUCAAGACUUAUUUGACAAUGCAAAGCUGUGGUGUAUCCAAAGAUGACAUCCAGACUCAGAAAGACAGCGAAUCGGAAAUACAGCAAGUGGAAACGCAUUGUGAAGCCAACAUUUCUGACCACAGCUUGAUGGAAAAAUGUGACUUGGAAAUGGAUAAAGUAGCAUCUAGACCAGUGGAAUUCACAACCAAACGUCAGAAAGUCAGUGACAUGAAGGAAAUAAAUUCAACUGACUUCAAAGCUACUGAGAAUUCUAUAUUAGAGUGGCUAAAGCACCAUGAUGAAGGGGCUACUUUGGUUGAAAUUCAAGGGCACUUCAACGGGUCUGGCGAAGAUUGUGUGGUUGAUCUGCUGAAUUUAUUGGAAAGUGACUUUUUAAUUUAUAAAAAAGGUGGCAUGUAUAGGGUCCUGUAAUUAAGUAGAUUGUGUGGUUGAACCACUGAAUUUCAACGGCCAACUGCAUCUUUGCGACUUUGCCAAAGGAUAAUGUUCUUACAUGAUCUUUUUCACACCCAGGUAGAUUUUAUCGGAGAUAACUCUUUGAACA